AUGUGCAGAACCACAGAUUUUGAUGGGUUAUUAUUACCAUCAAGAAACCAAGAAAACCACUUAAAGAUCAAAUCUUUUUACGUCCGGUUCACUGGUUUCAGACUCAACAAACCGGAACCGUCUACACUCAUUCUCGUUUAUCUUCCUCGGACCACUAAUGAUCUUGUUAUUGAUGGGUCCAAGAUUCGACCCGAGUCUAAAGCGUUCUUGGUUCUUCAUAGGAUUGUUAAUGUGGAGAAAAAGGAAGAUGGAGAGUUUGUAUUCGGGUCAAGAGAACGGGUUCGGGUCAGGGAAGGGGUUCGGUUUGAGGUUUAUUUGAGUGAAGAGAGGGUUUUGGAGGGUGUAUUUAGGAGAAUUGAUGACGUGGAAAAGUGGAAGUUGGUGUGUGGUGGUGGCGGUGGUGGUGACGUGGGUGUAGUGGAGGUUUGCGUGGCACUGGAGGGACAUGUGGCGUUGAGUGAGAGGGUGGUGAAGAAGAAAAGGAAGAGCAAAAGAGGCCUUUGUGGUAAGCUGGAGGUGAUUCCAGAAGAGAGAGAGGUAGCUGAGGAUGAAUCGGACGGUGGAUGCUGCUGUGAUCGUGAGGGAAGGGGAAUGUACGAUGGAGAUUUGGAAGAGGGGUGUGGGCUAGAUUGUGAAAAGGUUGAGAUGGAAUUGGAGGGUGUUAGAUGGGCUAUCGAUGUUGGGGUUUGGGUCGUGUGUUUGGGUGUGGGUUUCAUGGUUUCUAGUGCUACUGCUAAGAGCUUGAGAGGAUUGAGAUUACUUUGA